AGGGGCCCUCAACCUGGGCUCAAAGACGGAAGGAGUGAGUGAAUCUGGGGAAUGCGGUCUCCUUUCUCUGGCCUCGCCGCCCCUCUGAGGUGGUGGAGAAGCGGUCUGGGGCCUCGUCCUGGGGUGGCUGAGACAUGGCCCCUGCCCCGGGCAGCCUCUGCCUUCCCGAAGCAGAAAGAAGGCCAAAGGGAGCGGGAGGGUGCAGCCGGGCGGGGGCUGGAGAUUGGGACCUGCCCCGCCCUGGAGCCCUGCGGCCAGGAAGCUAGUGGUGUUGACCGUGGGCGGCCACCCCCCUACCCCAGCCAGCAGAGCCAUAUAAAGCCGCCCAAGGUCUGCUCCCCGCUGCCCGCCCGCCACCAUGAAGGCUGUCCUCCUUGCCCUGCUAGCCGCUGUCUUGGCCCUGCGGCCAGGCACCGCCCUGCAGUGUUACUCCUGCAAGGCCAACGUCAGCAACGAGGACUGCCAGCACGUGCAGAACUGCAGCCGCUCUGAGACCCAAUGCCGGACCGAGUUCAUCCGUGCUGUUGAUCUCCUGACCCUCAUCAGCAAGGGCUGCAGCUCGCACUGCGUGGAGGACUCAGAGGACUACUACCUGGGCAAGAAAAACGUCACAUGCUGCUCUACUGACCUGUGCAACGCCAGCGGGGCCCACGCCCUGCAGCCGGCCACUGUCACCCUGACGUCGCUCACCGUUCUUGGCGUGCUGCUGUUCUGGGGCCCCGGGCAGCUGUAGGAUCCAGGAGAACCCUGUUGUGUCCCAUGCUGGGCAGCGGUGCCCAGGGGCCCGGGGGGCACUCCUCACACACACCUGGUCCAGUCACAGCCCUUUCUGAACCCUAACUCAGGUCGGGCGAUGCCCCUCUGCCCUUUCCAGCCCUCCCUGGCUCCCUCCAGGACUCCUGCCCAGCUCCCACCGCCCGGCAGGCUGCGCUCUGUGAUGUGGAACAGCGUGCAGAUGGCCCAGCAGACCCCUUCCCAAUAUUCCGACCCACCCCUUAACCUUCACUCAGGCACCUCUUCCUCCAGGAAGCCUUCCCUGCCUGCCCCCUCCACGAGCUGAGCCAGGUCCUGCCUGUGGUGUCCCCCGCACCCAGCAUGAAGCAGGCUCUCAGGAGGGCCCCGAAAAGGCUGAGAGGAAACAUUCCGAGUAGAAUUAGGGUCAGGGGUGUGAGGUCCUGGGAGCCCCAAGAGACGAAGCUUGGAGGGGGGACUAGCUCCCCAUGUUCAUGGGGGUCCUGGGGCAGCAACCCCAGCACACAGUAGGCCCUUAAUAAAGGUCCAUGGGCUUGGUU